AUGCACACCUUCGCUCUGCCACUCGUGACGCUUGCCGCGCUUGUAUCGAUUGUUGGGGCUCAAGUCAGCACAGCGUGCAGUGGACCGUACGCACGAACUGUCCCCCCGCCGGGAGCUAUCGUCGUCGAUAUCACGGGCGCGUACAAUGACAGCUACCAGACCAUGGCAGAAGGCAUGCUGUAUCUACCCAACACGACCGAAGAGCACACUAUCUUCAUCUUCCCAGGCGUCUACCAGGAGCAAGUGGUGAUUCCGCGGCUCGCUGGUCCACUGGUGGUGCAGGGCUACACGUGUGAUACUACGUCCUACACGGAGAACAAGGUAACGAUUACCCACACCAUGGCGCAGAAAGACCUUGCACCCGAGAUCAAGAACAGCCGCAACGACCUCGUUAGCACCCUACGCCUCAAGUCGAGCAGUGGUGUCAAGAUGUACAAUGUUAACGUCGCUAACCCAACUGGUAAGAUCGAUAAUCUUGGUCAGGCAGUGGCGGUGUACGUUGAUGCACCCAAUUACGGCUUCUACGGUUGCAACUUCACUGGUUACCAGGACACCUUGUGUGCCCACAAGGGUCGUGAGCUCUACGCACGGUCGUACAUCAGCGGUGCUGUAGAUUUCAUCUUCGGCAUGCGAGCGAAAGCGUGGUUCGAGUCGUGCGAUUUUGAGACGAUCGGAAAGGGGUGGAUCACCGCCAACGGAAACCAAAACAGCUCCAACCUGUCCGAGUACGUCUUCAAUCGUGCACGCAUCUUCGGAAAAAGUGGAAACGGAUCGACCUAUCUUGGCCGCCCGUGGUAUCCCUACGCUCGUGUCGUUUGGCAGAACAGUGAGCUCAGUGAUGUCGUCAACCCGGCAGGUUGGGCCACGUGGGACAGUGUCACCAGCACGGCCAAUGUUACGUUCAAAGAAUUCAACAACAGCGGCCCAGGCGCUGCUACCGACAAACGUGUUUCUUUCAGCGGUCAACUUAAUGCAUCUGUGCCUAUUACGGCUCUCAUGGGCGAAGGCUAUGAGUCUGAGUGGUGGGUGGACACGGCGUUCUUGUAG